AUGAUGGAAAAGGAUGUUUUCAUGUUCCGAUUUCGUCAAUCAUCGCAGAGGAUAACUGGACUCGGCCACAAGAAUGUCACGAGCUGCCUCAUGAAAUCCUCAUUUCUGACACAAGCCACGUCACUGAUACUUCAAUUCACUCACACCACGCUAGUCGGACCUAGACCGAACUUCUUCCAGCACCGGACUUGUUGCCACAUCUCCACCUCAACAUCAACCACCCCAGACCCAUUUCACCAACAACCACUUCGUGUCAAACCUCGACCUCAAAACCCCCACCACACACCAUCUUCCACCAUGGACAACCAGGCCCUCGAGUUAUGCGCUGGUGUCAAGAGACUCCGUGACGGCAAGUACUCGGAAUUUGUGAUCACAUGCAAUGCGCGCGAGUGGAAAGUCCACAAGAUCGUCUUGACCGCAAUCUCUUCCGUGCUCGAGAAAUCUUGCUUCGGUCCCUUCAAAGAAAGCAUCGAAUCAAGGAUCGAUCUGUCCGUCUACUCGGAGGAAGAAGUAGAUGCUCUGGUUUCCUACAUCUACACCGGCGGCUACAAGACAUCACCCGCCGUGGACUGUUCAGACCUGGGAUUCCACGUCAAGAUGUGCAUCAUCGGAAAUUACUUCUCCAUUGCCGGUCUCGAAAAGCUUGCCAUGGAUGAGGCGAAGAUAUGUCUGUACCAUGCCGAUGUUCAGCAGAUGGUGGAGGCCGCGACACUGAUGGCCAGCGCGCCGGGCCCCACAAACAAGAUGCAACCAUCAAUCUUGAGGUGGGCCGCGCGCUGCGCGGGUCUCUACAAGGGAAARGUGAGCCCUUUUCUCCAGAUUAUGGUUGUAAAUGCGGAGCUCGGGACUGCAAUCGCCAAGGACGAGCGAGAGAGGGSAGCGGCGGCGGUGACGGCGGCACUACAGGCUGCGAGAUCAGAGACGGAGCAGAUGGUGUGUCCGAAAUCGACCUGCAGGAAGACAUUCCAUACACUCCGUUCAGACACCGACACUUUGUCUGCGGGGAGUCAGGCGCUAGUCACGUGCUGUUAUUGCAAUUAUCGGGGUUUGGCGAAAUAUUUCCGGCAUGAAUCGAGCAAGACCACCGAGCCUAGCCAAUACAAGAAGCGUCGCAGAUCUUGA